AUGUGGCAAAAAUCACUUGGGAGUGAGGAUAAUGAAACUUUUCGUGCUGGUUCUGUGAAUUCAAACGUAAUGGCGACCGGUCAUGACUUAACUAACAGCGUUGAAUCUCAACAAAUACAGCUCGAAUAUAAACUCUCCGAGGCCUACUUUACGUUUAAAGAGUUUAUAGAAUGCAGUAACGAUGGAAAGGUGAAAUGGCUGAGCAAUUUAAAUGAUUUAAAAGCGUUUAUGUCCGCGCUAUUCGGCGAUGUCGGCAAGUGGAGUUCGCCCGGUGGCAGUGCUAAAUCAUAUCGGAAUGAUUUAAUAUCUAUUAACUGGUAUACACACAAGAAAGCACUAAUCUUCCAUGAUCGACUAGGAAUCGUACUAAAGAACAAACUAAUUGAUCUGAGUGUAAAUAAAAUAUCAGAUCCUGACGAAUACAAUCAAUUAAACGAUCCAGAAGGUGACAAAGAUUGCAUAGCUUGCAGUUGUUUCUCAUUAGAUAUGAUGGAAAUAAAGUCAGACCUCAAAUGAACACAUUAAUGAAAAAUCUUUAUCACAAAUCUACUCCAGCGAAGCGCUGUUCCACCGAUCAUUUUUGUUGUGUAAAUACAUGUGAAGUGGGCAUUUAAAUGGACAUCGAAUUCACUCAAUAUCCUAACCAGAGCGGAGAGCGUUGUGCAAGCAUGUGUAAUGAUUUGUCGACUGAAUUCGAGGGCUUAAAACUCGAUUUGGUGAUUUCCGAGUCCAAGAUUGAUAACAAAAUUUGAAUCAAUGGCGAUGCAAUAAAUCAAGUUCAGGCAGAAUUCGCCAUUAUUAAAAAUCAGCUCGGUGAAGUUGUUCAACAGGUCGAUCGUUUAGUUAACACAAACGAGAACAACAACACCAAUAACAAUAAUAUUGCAGAAAGUAUUGUUAGAACAGCUAAUGAGAACAAUAGUCUUAUCAAUACUAUCGAAACACUAUGCAAAGGGCUGAAAACUAUGAUAGCCUUGUGUAAUGCAAAUUUUAUUAAUCACUCAGAUCAACCAAGCGUCUCACCAAUUUCAACACUUGACCAAACUAACAUCACCCCGUCAGCAACAGAACCUAAUCAACAACAGCUGCAUCAAAUCCUAAAUCCCUCUGCCGUUUGUAACUUUCAGGACAAAUCAUGUAUAGAAUCUUUCAUCACAGUUAAGGAAGCCAGUAUAACAUCAGAGGCUCUUAGCCUUGAUAACACCCUAUUGAAUUCCUAUCCCAAUGUCAUAUCCAUUUCGGAUGAUCAACAAGCCGGCUUAUCCUCACCAAAUGGAAAUUCCACCACAGUCGAAGAGAUCGUUACAGGCAUUAACCAAAAUUAUAAUCCGUCGACUAUGCUCCCAUCGUUCGACGAUCAAUUGAAGGAAUAUCGUACUAAGCACUCUCACACCGACAGAAUGAUAGUUGUCCAUAAUAAUUCUGGAAUAACACACCAAAAACCUACAAGGAAAUCAACCCGAAACCGGAAAACACCAGAUCUAGUCAUCAAAUCGAAGCGAUGCAAUUAUAUACCACAACCCAUAUCACAUACAGAUACCUCUGCAUAUAACCCGAAAAUUUUUCGGAAGAAUUGCUCUUCAAAUCGGCCGCCGGACUGGGGAAACUACCUGAUCCUUGUAAACAAAUUAACACAGAAAACAGAAUUAAGUCAAUCGACAAGAAUUUAA